AUGGCUACCCCACCACUUAAAAACAUAACAAUAAUUGGAUCUGGAUUGAUGGGAAGUGGAAUUGCUCAGGUUGCGGCACAAGCCAAGCAUUCUGUUAUACUGGUUGACCAAACUGAGGAAAUUCUCCACAAGUCAGAAAAAUCAAUCCAAAAAAGUUUGGAACGUGUUGCUAAAAAAAAAUUCACCGAUCCACAGGCUGGCACAUCGAUGGUUCAAGAAACCUUGAAAAAUAUAAAGUUUUCUACUGCUAUUGGAGAUGCAGUUAAAAAUGCAAAUUUGGUCAUAGAGGCAGUCACAGAAAAUUUGGGUUUAAAGCAAAAAUUACUGCGCGAAAUCGAACGCAGUUGUUCUCCUGAUGCGAUUUUAGCGUCUAAUACAUCGUCGUUCAGUUUGAAGGAGAUAAGCAAAGACUCUAAAUAUGCACAAAAUUUUGCUGGUCUUCAUUUCUUCAAUCCGGUGCCGAUGAUGAAGCUUGUUGAGGUUGUUCGAACAGAUAUGACCAAACAAACUGUUUACGACCAACUGAUGGAGUUCGCCAAAGGUGUUGGCAAAGUUCCGGUUGCUUGCAAGGAUACUCCGGGCUUCAUUGUUAAUCGGCUUUUGGUCCCGUAUAUGUUCGAGGCAUUACGGAUGGUUGAGCGUGGUGAUGCGACAAUUAAAGAUGUUGACGCAGCCAUGAAAUUAGGUGCUGGGUAUCCUAUGGGUCCAUUUGAGUUGGCUGAUUACGUUGGAUUGGAUACUAUGAAAUUCAUUUUAGAUGGCUGGCAUGCAUCAUAUCCAAACGAAGUCUUGUUCAAGCCAAGUCCAUACUUAGACAAAUUAGUUUCAGAAGGGAAAUUGGGAAAAAAGAGCGGUGAAGGUUUUUAUGAGUAUACUGGCAAAAAGUAA